GGUUGUUUGCUCUGUUGAUCAAAGGGAGAAGUUUUUUCUUUGUCUGCGACUUCCGGAAAGCAGGGCACAGGUUUGAGGAUCGCGGCCAGGAUGGCUCUGCGCUCUGCGCCCCUCUUGCUCCUGAUGUUGGUGGCGGUGGCCCUGAGGGAGAGCUGCUUUGGCGCCUCCUCCCACUCCCUGAAGUAUUUCUACACCUCCAUCUCAGACCCCAGUCAGGGGCUGCCCCAGUUUGUCAUUGUGGGGUACGUGGACGGUCAGGUCUUUGUUCACUACGACAGCCACACUGUUGUGUACAAGCAGAGGAUGCAGCCUCGAGUCUCCUGGAUGGAGAAGGUGGAGAAAGAUGACCCCGAAUACAGGGACAGAAACACCCGGAAUUUUCGUGCCACUGAGGAGGUGUUCAGAGUCGACCUGGAGAAUCUGAGGAAUCGCUACAAUCAGAGCGAAGGUGAGUGAUGGGUCUGGUGGCUCCUCCAGCCCCAUAUUCCCCUCCCC